CCUGUCAUUUUUUAUAUUUGUCUUGUCAUGUCAAGAUUGUCAAGAUUCCAUUCACAUUCCAUAUUUGUCAACAUUUUAUCGUGAUGGCAAGUACUAGCAGGUACGAUACUAAUAAAGUAUGCUGUAGCUCUCAUCCAGAUGCUCCUCUCAUAGAAGAUCACAGAGCUGGUGAUCAGAUAUGUUCUGAAUGCGGAUUGGUAGUCGGAGACAGGGUAAUCGAUGUUGGUUCAGAAUGGAGAACAUUCAGCAAUGAAAAAAAUGGUAUAGAUCCAUCUCGUGUGGGUGGACCCGAAAAUCCCCUUUUGGGGGGCUCAGACUUGACCACAAUCAUUGGACCAGGAAGAGGCGAUGCAAGCUUCGAUUCUUUUGGAGUUUCGCGAUACCAAAACCGCCGAACCAUGAACAGCUCCGACAGAGCCUUGAUAAACGCAUUCAAAGAAAUUAACGCCAUGGCCGACCGCAUCAAUCUACCAAGGACCAUUGUCGACAGGGCCAACAAUCUCUUUAAACAAGUACAUGAUGGAAGAAAUCUCAAAGGUCGUUCAAACGAUGCUAUAGCGUCCGCCUGCCUCUACAUAGCCUGCAGACAGGAGGGCGUGCCGAGGACGUUUAAAGAAAUUUGUGCAGUCAGCAAAAUUAGUAAGCGCGAAAUCGGUCGGUGUUUCAAGUUGAUCCUCAAAGCGUUGGAAACGUCCGUCGAUCUCAUUACCACCGGAGAUUUCAUGUCCAGAUUCUGUUCGAAUCUCUGUUUGCCCAAUAUGGUGCAGAGGGCGGCUACGCAUAUCGCUAGGAGGGCCGUGGAUAUGGAUAUAGUGCCUGGAAGGUCGCCCAUUUCGGUGGCCGCUGCUGCUAUAUAUAUGGCCUCGCAGGCUUCGGAAGAUAAGAGAAGCCAAAAAGAGAUUGGGGACAUCGCAGGAGUGGCCGAUGUCACCAUUAGACAAUCGUACAAACUUAUGUACCCGCACGCAGCUGGUCUCUUCCCACAAGACUUCAAAUUCGCCACGCCCAUUGAGCAACUUCCUCAGAUGUAGAUAUUUUAUGCAAGCACUUUUAUGAAUUUUUUUAGGUUAGCGCUGCAUUAGGCAGAACUUCAGCUGCCGAAAAUGAGCUGCAGAUCUUUAAGGUUAGCGCUAUAUUGUGCAGAAGUUGACCCGUCGAAAAUGAGCUGCAGAUCUUUGCGUGGUAAAUUCAAAUACCAGGAGUUUUAAUGGAUCGUCUAAUAUAGCAUCAGCCUUAGUUUUGAUGGUUUCUAUAUGAAGCAAACUCGUAUAUAAGUUGAUUUUUUUGGGGUUUUUAAUUUCGGACUACAAAUAUUUUUCAGUAGUCCAGAAUAUUGUCUUUUUUUGCGAUUCUUGAUGGAAUAUUUCUAUUAGUGAACAAUUCUCAAGACUAUAAAUGCCAGUAAUAGUAUGUGAGAUUGUUUUUCUGAAUAAUUUUAUUAAUGCUGAUUACUUUUAUAGUCUAAGAGAUUUUUUACUUUUCUGUAAUAUUUUAGUGUUUUAACUUAUGUUCUCAUAUUUUUUUUUUGGUGCAGCAUUCAAACUUUUUAUUUAUGAAAAUUCAAUACCUAUACAAGUCCAGAUUGUCAGUACUGUUUUAAGACUAUAUAUAAUAGAUAGAUAAUUUCGAUAGGAACAAUAUAAGGUGUUUAGUUGUUUGUUUUUAGAUAGUUGGUUGUUUUUGCAGUAUUUUUGUGUUUUAAAAAAACUUUUAAAUGUUAGGCUAACAGGAUCUAAAAACAAAAGUUGGAUAUUUUUAUAAAGUUAUUAUAUUAUGUCACUUAGGAAUUAAAAUUGUUUUUGUA